AUGACCAACAUUUCGUGCCGGCCAUUAUCCGGACAUGGCAUUACUCUUGCAUUUGGGUUCCACCCGGGGGUUGAUAACUACAAGGUGGCAAGGAUGGUGUCAUUCGGUAAGGAUAAGCUUGUCUCUGAGGUAGAGGUUUGUAGCACAAGAUCUUGGAACAGGUUUGAUGUCAUUCCUCCUAUAAAGAGCAUGAAGUGGGAUUGUGGAUAUGGAAUUUGUAAAGGAGUAGCAUAUUGGACCAUGGCAAACCAAAGGGAUUAUCUUGUGUUGUUUGACGCCAGCAACAAGAUAUUUCAAGCAUUGCCGCCGCCAAAGUGA